AUGCCGGCAGUAAUUGCAUCAUCGAAUUUAUUAAUAGAAAAAACAUUUCGAAGAUUAUUAUCAUCAACUGAACAACUUUUAGAAGAAAAAUCUAUUGAAGAAUGGAAACUUGAUCAAUUUAUUAAUGCAUUAACAAAUAUGUUAAAUGAUAUGCACAAAUCGAUGAAUCGACCAGCUAAAAAACAAUUAGAUGAAUAUAAACAAAGAAUUGAUAAGCUUCGUCAAAGUCUUGAUCCUAUUAAAUUAGAGGAUCAAACAUUUCCACGGCAAGUUAGUCGUCCAAUCCAAACUGAUUCGAUAGUUAAAGAACAACAACAACCGGAAAUCCCAACUCCUCCAAUGUCUUCCAGUCAAACAGAAAAAAAUCUCAGUACAUCAAAUAAAUCUGAUCGUCGUAAGUAUACUAUAAUCUAA